AGUUGUUGUUUAAAGUGGUGGAAAGGAAAAGGCUUAGGCUUAGGGUGCAAUAUAACGGUGGAAGGGUGGCGGCGUGAAAAUUUGGUGUCACGCCGUCCAAACAAAGAACUUUCCCAUCUAUCUGCCACCCCACGCGCAAUCAAUAGCUUCAUCUACAACAUGUUUCUAUUUAUUUAUAUAUAUAUAUUAAUCUUCUGCUUCUUUUCCAUACAACAUUCUCUGAUUUCUCUACUUACAUGCUUUAUAUACAUAUAUAUAUAUAGCUGCACUCCUCUCUUUAAACAAACAUUCACCUUCACCUUACAGACUACAGUCCAACAACACCACACUAAUUCUCUCUCCUUUUCCCUGUCUCUUCUAUUCUCUCUUUCAGUGCCUAGACUCAACAAGAACAAGAUCACAUUAACCCAGAUUUCUCAGAGAUAAUCAUCAAUGGAUAUGGAAUCAUGUGUGCCUCCAGGAUUCAGAUUUCAUCCAACAGAAGAGGAGCUUGUGGGGUAUUACCUCAAGAGGAAGAUAAACUCACUGAAAAUCGAUCUAGAUGUUAUUGUUGAGGUCGAUCUCUACAAAAUAGAACCAUGGGACAUACAAGAUAGGUGCAAGCUAGGAUACGAGCAACAGAACGAGUGGUACUUUUUCAGCCACAAGGAUAAGAAAUAUCCAACAGGGACAAGAACUAACAGGGCCACUGCUGCUGGAUUCUGGAAAGCAACUGGAAGGGACAAGGCUGUGAUGUCCAAAAACAGAAUAAUAGGGAUGAGGAAGACCCUGGUGUUCUACAAAGGAAGAGCCCCAAAUGGGAGGAAAACUGACUGGAUCAUGCAUGAGUAUAGGCAUCAAACCUCUGAACAUGGCCCUCCACAGGCAAAAGGCUGGGUUGUGUGCAGAGCAUUUCGAAAGCCAAGUCCAAGUCACAGGCAAGGUUUUGAGUCAUGGUGCACCAACCAACCACAGUUUUUCAGAGACCAUCAUCAUCAAAGCUAUACAAGGCCCUUAUCAAUUACAGAUAUUUUAAACGAAACUAAUAAUGUUCUUCAUCCUGCUGAAGGCACGAGUUAUAGUAGCCACCCUUUCAGCUCAGAGCAACCGUUUCUACCUAACCAAACUGUCAUGGACAAACAACAACUCAUUGAGCUUCCACAACUAGAUAGCCCCACUGCAAGUUUAGCACUCAAUGAACAACGUCUUAAUGGCCUAACAACAAAUGAAGAUCAUUGCAGUGAUGAAAGGAGCAAUAACAGUGGACAAGUUGGCAUUGAUUGGAAAAGCUUGGACAGCUUGUUCACUUCACAAUUUACAGAUACCACUAAUUACUUUUCACAUCCACAUAACUUGCCCAUGAUGGUUCCCCAUGGCCAUGAGCUACAACCUCAAAAUCAACCUAAUCAUGUCCUAGGAUGCUUUCCUGAUUUAUAACUUGAGUGUCAACAUCCACUAGCCAAUAAAUAAAGUCUCUAAUAGCGUGUUUGGAAUCAAAUUAUUUUUUUCUCAGAAUCAACUCUUACAUCCCGAAGCUGCUCAAAGAACCUUCUUCUCAUAAUUGAUUUUGGCUUCAGAGUCAAAAUAGCGUGUUUGGAAUCAAAUUAUUUUUUUCUCAGAAUCAACUCUUACAUCCCGAAGCUGCUCAAAGAACCUUCUUCUCAUAAUUGAUUUUGGCUUCAGAGUCAGUUGUAGAAUGAUUUUUCAAGCAUACACGCAUUAAGUAAGAUGAUGGAUUCAUAAUAUCUUCCAUUUGUCUUACCACAAGUUAAUUUAGAAGUUGCUGAAGAUUGACGUUGUUCAUUAUAUAGAAGAUGUCAAGAUGGAAUUCUAUAAUUUUUUUCUUGACAAAGGAAGAUUCGCUUGAAGAGUGAUUCUCUCCUUUGGUUUAGAGUUCAAAUUAAAAGACAAAGCUUUUCUUUUUUCUUCUUUUGGUACUAAGUUUAACUUUUCACUGUCUUGGCUAUGUACCUUAUAAAUGUAAAUUCUCUUUAUUUCAUGCAUAGUGUGGCCUUACUUAAUUUGCUUUAUGCUAUUUCUGUUCAUCAUUUGAAGUUUGUGAGAGCUUUAGGAGUUAGGACCACGUAGUUUGGUCGACCCUACCCCAAUCGAUUAGUGUUAAUGUGAAAGAAAGAAAGCAAUGGAGAGAGCA